ACAAGACCAACGGUGCCAUCGUGUGAGCAUGCUGAGGCUCGUGACCUGAGGUAGUAGUGACCCCUUGGGACCCAGCGGAAGGUAGUGGAGGAAGGUUGUCACUCAUGGUUUCUGUUGAUUCCUCCGGGGUGGUGACCUCCAAAGUUUGUCUUAUACAUCCUUUUAAAUGUUUUCUUUCACCCGUUGCUCCCAGGAAGGUUAAGCGUCAACACACGUCUACAAGGCACAACAUUGUACAUAUUAUAGUUCAUUUUGGCUACCUUGAGCCUCUUUGCCAGCAUGUCCUGACUUGUCACUCCCCAGGGUCUGACACUCUCCUCAGCAGUCUGUAGUCCGUACUGCCCAGGCCGCAGGUGAACCUCCUUCGAUCGGUCCUUCCUCCCACGUGCACCGUCUGAGUCAACCGGCAGCGCGUCACUGUAAGCACCACUGACGCAGCUGUCCAGUGGGCGAGGCUACACACUUAUGGAGCUACUGAAGGGCUCUGGCGAAUUCUGCAAGGCACAAUAUCACAUCAAAUAAGUGAAAAGAAUAAUUAGAAGCCUGCAUCGUAUGCCAAUAUAUAUGUGAAUUAUUUGUGUGUCAGUGUGUGAAUAGUGGGAGACUGAACUUGGAAUGGGGUAAAGUGAAGGCACGAAAGUGAGUGGGGUCCCCAGUGGCUGCGUUGUCUCUGUUACUGCGGCUGCUGCCACCACCACCAUCACCACCAUCAUCGCCACCGCCACCACAGUCAUCGUCACCAUCCUCAUCUCCAUCACCAUUACUGCCCUUCUCCUUUAGGGGCUUCCUGUCCCAAGUCCUGCAGGAGAGGACACAAGCCAUCCUGGCAGUAUUUUUUGGCAAAAUCAAAAUUGGAGAUUAUCGGCAUUGGUGGAGGCUGGAGAGUUGCUCCCCUGCCCCAUCCAACCCUGAAGCUGUAUCCAGGCAGCCCCUUCCUUCACUAGCUCCAUCCUCAGCAGGCUUUUUACCAUUCAGUUUCUAUCCAUGAAGAGCCAAAGUGCGUGUGUUCCAGUUGAAUGUAUAUAGCGUGAUUGCAGAACGGUGUAUAAUAUCUGAUAACUGCCUUUUUUUAUAAAUACGAAGUACACAUAUAAAAGUAUAUAAAUAUAUACAUAUAUAUAUAUUUGUAAUUAUCAAGAUCUCACACAACCAUACAAGUCAGUGAGACCUCUCUCCCCACUCUUGGUGGAAGGUGCCAUCCUGCUCUGGGAUUGCCACCACCUUCCUGCAUCACUCAGUAGCAAGCAGUACUUCCAGACAUCUCCAGAAGAAAGCAUCUUGCCUCUCCAUAAUAUCUGCAAGAGUCUACGCGUAACCCUUGUUCUUUUUUUUUCGUACGAGCGUUAUGAGUGCAAACAGUGCAAACAUGAGAUCCAAGAGCAUCCGACCCGCCCCCUCCGAGAUUGAAUACAAGAACAUGCGCUUCCUUAUCACCGAUCGACCAACAGAUGCCACUAUGCAGUCGUACAUUGAGGAACUGAUGAAGCACGGGGUGCAUGACGUGGUGCGGGUGUGCGAACCCACCUACAAGACUGACGAGCUCAAGAAGGCUGGAAUUUCUGUGAUGGAUCUGGUGUUUGAUGAUGGAACAUUCCCACCAGCAGAGGUGGUGGAGGAAUGGCUGGGUCUUCUCCGUCGCCGCCACCGUGAGGAACCUGGCUGCACCAUUGCUGUCCAUUGUGUAGCAGGGCUGGGCCGGGCUCCUGUCCUGGUGGCUGUUGCUCUCAUUGAGCUAGGACAACGCUAUGAGGAUGCUGUGGAGCUUAUCAGACAGAAGAGACGAGGAGCCAUCAAUGCCAAGCAGCUGGCCUACCUGGAGAAGUACCGUCCCAAGUCUCGACUCAGGCUAAAGAAUGGCCACAAGACUGGUGCAUGCUGCGUACAGUAAGGGCAAGGAGGAGAGCACACUGUUGUGGCACCUUGACAUACAUCACACUUUGUUGAUGCCAUGGUAAUCCUUUUGUAGACUUGUUUUAUUUUGUAUUUGCAUCGUUACUUUCAUUCUAUCAAUCAGUUAAAGCUUUAUUUACCUGUAAAGCUACUGCUGUCCAAACAUUAUACAGGAUGCUGAGGUAAAUGGAAACUGUCAUUAUUGUUUUUAUUAUUAUUAUUAUUAUUAUUAUUAUUAUUAUUAUUAUUAUUAUUAUUAUCAUCAUCAUCAUAAUGUAUGGAAACUUGUGUAUGAAAUGCCAUUAAGGGGAAGCUCAGUGUAAGGGAAGUGAUGUAAAAAAAUAUAUGGUUGGGGAAACUAUAAUCCAGAUAGCAUUGGCAAUAGGGAUGCAUAUCCUCCCUCUGUUUGUGAAUAGGGAUUAUCUACUAAUACAAUUGUGUUUUGUUCUGAUUUGUUGCUGCCCCUUUCUCUCAGUACUAUAAAGAGAUGAAAGAAUAUCAUGGGGAUGUUGCCACGAGUGAAGGAUGUUACUGAUGGUCAUGUAGUCAUUUGGGGAGGGGGGUGGUUCCCUGGAGUCCCUUCAGUCCACACCUGUGUGACCAUCUUAUUCCAUGAAUUUCAAAAGACAAAACUUUAAAGGAAUGGCUGGAUGUAACAUCACAGCAAACCUCAUGCCUCAAGAUCCCUAAGCCUUAAGUGUAAUGUCAGCAGCACAUGUAGUCUGCAAGUGAUGUGGAGUUGAGUGAGUUUAUUGGGUUAGUCCAGUCGGGUUCGUUUCACUCAGACGUGCCAGAUUGCCGAAAGCAUAUCUCACACUUGUAGACCUUUUUAAUUGAUUUGCAGAAUGACUUCUGCUGAUAUUGCAUAAUGAGUAAAAGAUGAAGUGGACAGUAUUUAGGCAGACUGCAAAUGAGUAAUGGUUUGCAUGGCAGGCCAUCUUUUGUGUAAUUCCCAUGCAUUUUAAUGUGUAUAUUGUAUGUGUGUUGUGUGUGUAUGUAUGUGCGUGUGUGUGUGCGUUUGCAUUGGAGAUCAAUAAUUUUAUUGUAGUAAUUAUGCAGCAUUCAUGCUAUGCCCUUUCUUUAGUGGUCUGAAUAUCUUGGGCAUGCAUAGGUAGACCUUUAGUUUCAUUGAUGAAUCACAAAUUUACACAAAUUUAAAGACAUGGGGAUAUCUUUAGUUUUGUAAAAGACUUACAAGUGGAUGAAAGUAGUACUGUUAGGGAGACGAGUGUGAAAAAUAGAAAUUUGAUGUAAGAGAUGGACAAAUUAUGAGUGACGAGUUUUUCAUUCCUAAACACGAAAAAAAAACUAUUGUUCAUGUAUUAUAGUUUUGUUGACUGAUCUGAUAUUUCCUUCCAAAUCCAUGUUUUUUUUUUGUUUUUUUUACUUCAUAUUGCUUAUGGUUUGGAAGCAAACAUUAUCAGAUUUAAUCCUUGCUUUGAAUUUUAGCCUUUUUAUAUUUUACAGUGUCAAGCUCUGCAGUGAGCUGUGGACACAGAACAGUUAUCCCUGAAGCAUGUCUGUGACACUUCAGCAAGUGGUAUUUUAUAAUUUCUUCAUAGAAUUUUGUUGUCAUGGAUUUUCAUCCCAUGAUUUUUAUUUAUUUAUUUUUUGUUUUUCUUCAUAGAUAUCAUAACCACCUCCCUUACAGGCCAUCUUGCCAUAUUGUUAUCCUGUAGUCUACAAAUUUGUAUGUGUAAUGUUUUGCUUGCAAUUUACAUUUCACUGAAAUGCCUGUUUUUGUUUAUAAAUGUCUUCAGUAUUCAGCUUUUUACAUUGAACCAUCAAGAAUAUGAAAGUGUUAGUGUUAGUUCCUACAUGGUGUAAAUGUCUAUAACCACUGAUGACUUAAAACUGUGAAACUGUGCAGUGUUGCACUGAUCUGGGAAAAUUGUAAGGGAUACUCGUCAUUUGUUCUCAAACUCAAAAGGGCAAGUUUUCUUCGCCAUAGAAACAUACAGCAGCUUUUCUAAUUUCUUUUAAAGUGCGGCUUCAAUCUAGACUUAGCUUUACAAAUUGGGUAACAGUGGCAAUCUUCAUCAUAACCGUUUGUCGUGUCAGAAUUGUAUUAUUUUUUUUAUUUAUUAAUUAUUAUUAUUAUUUUUUUUUUUUUUUUUUUUUUUCUAUUUUUUAUUUAUUUUACUUUUUUUUUUUUCAUGACAAUAUGUAGAUAGAUUCAUAGAGUGGCAUUCAUCAAAAUGUGGUCAUUAGUGGGCAUGGCUUAGUGUUUGCAGCUCUGUGGUGAUCUGUUCAUAGGGUUUCAUUCAUGUGUUCGAAAUUCACCGUGAAUAAGAUCCACUCUGAACAUUAAAGUUGGAACCACUGAGAAUAAGCCGAGGGUAGCUUAUUCUGCCUCUGCUAUGAGGAUGAAUCUAUCAUGGCUGUGACUAUUGGCCAUGUAUUGCUAGCCACUAACAUCCUUUCCUUCUCCCUAAGGAUGUAUGGAAUGUCUGCCCGUGUAAAAGUUAUGAGUGUUAUUUAGUAUUUUCUUAAUGUCUACAGUCAAACCUUGUUUUUUCUAGCCUCAGGGAAUAAGGAUAGAAAUAGGAAAGUCAGUGAAGGCUUUGUGAAGAAGGAUAGGAAAAUAAACUAAGAUCUUGUCUGGCAUUAUACUGGGUUGAAUUAACAAGGUCUGAGUGUUUUCAGUUAUGCCAGGGUUGGAGGUGAGCCACCACAGACUAAGCUUACUGCACAAAGAUAAAACCAUGGCACGAGGCAUUCCAGUAUGCCAAGAACAGUUUUACUUUGUAUUAGUCCCGACUCUACAGUAAUUGGAGGCAAACGUUUUUUAAACACUAGAUUUUCAGCUAUAUUUUCAAGCCAUCAAGACAUUUUGUAGUAGAAUGUACCCACUUGUGUUCCUUUAGACAUUUCUCCAUCAGAUUAGAGACAGAGGUAAAAGUUAUGUAUCAUUUAAUGCCACCAGGUUGAAAAACUUUGUAAGCUGCUGUAUAUGGAUUCAUUGAAGGUUUUAAUGUGGAGACACAAGUUGGCCAACUCUGGUAAGCUUCCUUGACUUGGCACUUGGUGAGUGCCAUAUUAUUGUGUGGGGUUCCCAGGGAAGGUCCCAGAGUUGUGUGGAGGAGGUACAUUAUGCAGCACUGCAUCUAGUAUGGAUAUGGUGCCUUUUUAUUUGAAAUUUUAUGCUGUCAGAUAGAAUGAAUUAUAUGGAUUAUGCACUUCUAUGAAUCAAUUAGAAAUGUUUUUAGCAUUUUCACCCAAAAAUAUAAUUGCUUAUAUGUAUGUUUAUUUGAUAGUGUGUUGAGUUUAUAUACUAUUUAACCCAGACUUGGAUGAAUGUGUUGAAUUCAUGAAAAUUUCAGCUAUGAAAAUUAAUGACCUCAGCAUUUUGGUCUCAGUGUGUAUUGUAAGAUCUAGUGUCUUGUGUAUUUUGAAUUGCAAAGUCUUCACUUUUUCUAAACUUUGAUGCAAGACUGGACAAGAUGGCUCCUCUACUAUAUAUUUUUUCAAGGCUUUUUCUUCACUCUGAGAUAGUAGUCUUGGCUUUCAGAUUACUUGUUCAGAGAAAACUGGAUUGAAUGCUGCCCUCAUGUUUGCUGGAAGAACUUGAGAUGAAAUUUAAGCAGUAGCUUGAGUUCAUUUUGUGUGGCUGGAACAUGAGGGUGUUAGUGAGUCAAGGAUCCCAGUCUUGACCUGUCCAUCAGUGUGAAGUAGGCCACAGAAAUAUGCAUCAUUAAUUCACUUUCAAGAAUUACCAGAGGAGAGCUCACCAUCAAUAAUAUUUCCUUUUGAGUCCAGUUUACUAUUGUUAUUAUUAAUUAUUAUUAUUAUUAUUAUUACUGUUGUCAUUUUUUAUUUAUUUAUAAUUUUUUCCUAAGAUUCUAGUAUUAAAGCUGUGGUGCCUAGUUUUAUUUAAAGGCCUGCCUUGCAUUAUAAUCAUGUACUCGACUAUACUUACAAGCAGUUUUAUUUUAAAUUAUAAUGUAACUGACUGUGUAUUUGCCCCUAUGCUAUUUUAUUAAAUUUUGUUGACAAGAUCAUGGCUAUCUGACCUUGAUGUUAGACGCAGGAAAGAUAUUUUUCUAAACGGUAAAAUAACUUUCAGUCCCCACUCAUGCCAGGUCUCAUGCUGAUCUUGUUUUAUCUUAAUUUGCCUUCUUGCAACCUGCUCCCCUCCACCUCUCCUCCCCCCUGAGACAGUCUCCUGGUUAAGUUACAGAGUGUGGCCACGGUAAAGUGUGGUGGCCAGCUCUCGCAUCACUGUAUUACAUUGUUGGCCCUCGCGCUGUAGAUGCGCUAGGUGACCCAAGUGUUGUUGCGUGAGGGUCCUGGUGGCGCUGCUGUGGCAUAAUCUGUAAAGCCCUUGUGGAGCUGGCCAGGCCACACACAGCCUUUGUAAGUGUCUGUAUUUUUGGCUGACGAUAGCAGUGUGAACUUGUUCAUAAUAAAAGUAAUGGUUUUUU